CUUUUUAUGAUUUUUGAAGCAUAAAUGCAAUUUCCAGAGGUAAAAAGAUUUCAUUAGACUAUAGAUUUAAGACGCAUAAAACAAAAUGUAAAAAUCUCUUCGGCUUGUGAUAAGAUCCUUCAAAACACAUUUUGCGCAAGUCCAAGCAAGAAGACUAUCUCUGCUGUAGCCUCUAUAAACAGGAAAUGACAUAUCACUGUUGCUGUGUUGUUUUGUGAAAUAUUUUUGCGUUUAUUGAAAUAUUUUUGCCUUUAUUAUAAUGUUUUUGCAUUUAUUGAAAUGGUUUUGCGAUUCAUUGAAUAUUUUUGCAUUUAGUUAAAUGUUCUUGUGUUUCAUAAAAUAUUUGGAUGUUUUUCAAAAUAUUUUGCAGUUGACCUUCAGAGUCACCGUAGAAAACAGUAUUGGUAAUGAAAACAUACAUCACAAUGUAAUGCUUGUAGCCUUCACCUUGUAGUGACAUACAUUAUUCUUUAUUUUGUUCCCAUAUCCCAUUGUUUGCUACUAUUGGAUAGUGAAAGGGGGACUGCAUGACUCAAACUGGGAACGAUGGCAUUACAAAGAGUCUUAAACCUCUAUGACAUCCCAUAUAGGUCACAUUUUUGUUUGUUUCUCUUUUCUUCAGGACUUCGUGGCUUCCUUGGGGGAGUUUGUUGUUUAAGAAGCUGCGGCCCCCCUACAGCCCUACUUUGUCAGCAAAAUCGCCGCUUCUUCUGGAGGAAGUGGAAAACUACUCACAAUGUAGUUCGCCCAGAAACUGUUAGGCCUGCCUAUGCAGUACCAAAGCACAUUGUGCGGCCUGACUAUGUAGGAACUAAAAAGGUCCCAGAAUGGCCAGACUACAUAGAGAUCAAAGACAAAGAGCAGAUCGAAGGUCUUACCAGAGCAUGCCAGUUAGCCAGACGGGUACUGCUGUUAGCUGGACGCUGUCUGAGGGUGGGUAUGACAACAGAUGAAAUAGACUUCAUUGUGCACCAGGAGACAAUCAGGCAUGAUGCCUACCCUUCCCCUCUCAGAUACGGGGGCUUCCCCAAGUCAGUCUGUACGUCUGUGAACAACUUGGUCUGCCAUGGCAUACCUGACAGUCGGCCACUUCAAGACGGAGAUAUCAUCAACGUUGAUGUCACUGUGUAUUUGGAUGGUUACCAUGGUGACACCUCUGAAACCUUCUUGAUUGGCCAGGUGGAUGAGGUCGGGCAGCGACUGGUAGAUACUGCCAGGCGCUGUCGAGAUGAGGCCAUCUCUGCCUGCAAGCCGGGUGCACAGCUCUGUGUUAUAGGAAACACUAUCAGUGAAAUUGCCAACAAUAGUGGCUUCCAAGUGUGUCCUUAUUUCAUUGGACAUGGAAUAGGUUCCCACUUUCAUUGCCAUCCUGAGAUCUGGCACCAUGCAAAUGACAAUGACAUGACUAUGGAUGAAGGGAUGUCUUUCACAAUAGAGCCCAUACUGAUGGAGGGGUCUGCAGAGUUUAGAAUCCUGAAGGAUAAGUGGACCGCAGUGUCUGCAGAUGAUAAAAGGACGGCUCAGUUUGAACACACUGUGGUCAUCACAUCUGACGGAGUUGAUAUUCUCACCAAACUGCCAGAAGAGAGCAACCUGUGACCCGAAGGGCUCAAACUGCUGAACCUCACAUCGACUGUCAGAAAUAUGUUUACCUCAAAAAAGGAUUGAACUACCUGAGACAAUAAAACACUCUCACAAGAA